GUAAGCCGCCGGCACUGUUGAUGUCGAGCUGGCACUUUGACGUUGCUGCCAAUUGAACUAGUAAGAAGGUGCAGAUCCGUGGAACAGAAAAAAUGUCCUUCCGGAGAGUGAAUAUUGUUAUACUGCUGCUGAUUGCUGUUGCAUUUUUGAUAAUUGUACAUCGAAACCUUUUGAGUUUGAACGACUUCUUGAAGAGGCAAAUUUCUGACGUGGAUCAAAAUGGAUUACAGCCCAUUGACUUCAUCGUGAACAUUCCUGAGAAGUUCAGAGCUGUCAGGACGGGUGAAGAAAUGCCAGUGGUCCUCACGGCCGUAGAGGAACGACUUGGAGGACUGAUAGCAGCAGUGAACAGCAUUCACAGCAACACGCAGGCCAAUGUUGUGUUCUACUUUGUUACCACAAACGACACGGUAAUGCACUUGAAGCAAUGGAUAACUCAGACUGAGCUCAAGGACGUCAAGUACAGAAUUGUGCCAUUUGAUCCACACAUCCUGGCAGGCAAAAUAAAGAUAAAUUCAGAACAAUCGGAGGACAUAAAGCCACUCACGUUUGCAAGAUUCUUCCUUCCUGCAUUUGUGCCAGAUGGAGAAAAGGCCAUUUAUAUGGAUGACGAUGUGAUAGUACAAGGAGAUAUUCAGGAGCUGUACAACACCAAGCUGAAGGCAGGACAUGCUGCUGCAUUUUCAGAUGACUGCGAUUCAGCCUCGUCCAAAGGAAUGGUCAGGGGGGCUGGAAAUCAGUUCAACUAUAUCGGCUUCCUUGACUUUAAAAAGGACACCAUAAAGAAACUGGGCAUGAAGGCCAACACCUGCUCCUUCAACCCUGGCUUGUUUGUUGCCAACCUAACCGAAUGGAGACUUCAGAACAUAACUGAGCAACUCGAGAAAUGGAUGGAAAGAAACGUAGCAGAGGAUUUGUACAGCAGGACUCUUGCUGGCAGUGUCACUGUGCCACCUCUGCUCAUCGUAUUCUAUAAAAAACACUCCACUAUUGAUCCCUUGUGGCACGUGAGACACUUGGGUUCCUCAAGUGCUGGAAACCGCUAUUCAUCGCAGUUUAUUAAAGCAGCCAAGCUUCUUCACUGGAAUGGCCACUUCAAACCGUGGGGCCGGGCGUCUCCUUACUCGGAUACCUGGGACAGUUGGUACAUCCCCGACCCAACUGGUAAAUUUCACCCCAUCCGGAGAAGCACAGAGGAAAAAUAAGGGGCUUGAAAGAGACUUCAACUCGCCACAUCAUUUUUGCAGCUGCAGCCCCUGAUAGCUGUUACCUGGUUUUUGGACCUCAAAACCUGUGAUUUCUCAGGAGUGCCCUUUCUGUCUACUUGGAUAAUGAGCUGUUUUCUUUAUAUUUUUAUUUUUUACGUUUGUACUGUACUUUGCAUGCAGCUAUAAAAGUAUCCCUGUGUGCUUAAAGCGGAGGGCCGCCAAGCCUGUUCUUCAAGUAUUACAGUGGCCACAGGUUUUUCUGCCAACCAGCUUGAUGGAAGCCAAUUCUUAACUGUAAAUGGUGGACGUACUUAAGUUAAGAUGGCGUUAUCCUGGUUCCUUCCGGUAAGUCAGAUAUCUAACGUCCCAGAGAAAAGGAUUCUGUGGUCUUGUGUAAAUUAACACUACAUAACAGCAUGUAUAACACAUAAAAAAUACAGUAUCAGAAUACAUGAAACAAUUCAUAUACUGUACCAUAUUGAACUCCACCUGUAACAGCAUAAAACAAAUACCCCACUUAGGCAUCGGUCACCCAACGCUACUGCCCAGCAGCCCUCAGGUUUUCUUUUUUUGGUCCCUAUCUUGUAUACAAUUAUGUCAAACUUACACCCCAUGAAUUUUUUUUCCUUUUUUUAUAAAUAUUUGAACAUAUCAAUACUUGAUUAAGGAUGUAAUUCCAGGAGGGAGAUCAAAUUUGAUUUUGUAAUAAUUAUUUCAAUGAAAACUGAUUAGACACACCAGUUCUGUUGGCUCUGACAGUUUAUAUUACCCCCUCACGUCCAAACUACUUCAGUCUACCAGUGUCUGACAGCGACUCUGGUCCUCGGUUCAGAAUUGUUUUCAGCUGUCUGCUGUUUAAGGGUUAAUAAUAAUAAUAAUAAUUCUUUGCAUAUAUAUAGCGUUUUUCUCACUACUCAAAGCGCCCAGCAAUUGCUCAAGGGCCUAACAGUGCAGAGUCCCUCUUGGCAUUUACAGGAUUUGAACCGGCAACCUUCCGAUUGCCAGAGCAGAUCCCGAGCCUCGGAGCCACCUGUGGUGUCUUGUGGGCACAGCCCGUUUCAAAUUCACAACACACUGCAUCUCAAAGGGAUUCAGAUCCGGGCUCGGCCUUUCCAGAACCCCUUACCCGUUUCUUUCUUUUCAGUCAGUCCUAUUAUGUAGAUUUACUAGUAAGGUUACAGUCAUUGUCACGUUGCAAGCUCCCCUUUCAGUUGAGCUUCAGUCUUUUCUGACAGAUGACCUAACAUCUCAUUCAAGCACCUUCUACUAUAAUGGAUUCUACGAGGGGGUGCUUCCCAAGCUCAAAUGCAGCAAAUUCAUACCAAACAUAACAUUUUCAUCACCAUGCUUUAGCGUUGCUAUCAUGUGCUGUCCCUUGUACUUGCAAACCAUCCCCUCUGGUCCUGGCCUUGUCUGGCCAGAGCACAUUGUUUCAAAUUGUACAAUGGAUUACAAAAUGUAAAUGUAGAAUGGUGUUUGUUAUAUCUUCUUUAAUUGAUAGGUUUUGAUAAAACAAAGAUCAAAUCCUGAUAUGUCCAUAUAUAUUUAAAAGAAAAACAAAAUUUCAUGGAAGGGCCCACAUUUAACUGGCCAGUUCAGUUUUGCCCAUCUUGCUUCAUGCAUCUCAAAGUUAACUGGCUAACGGUCAAAGAAAAAGUAUUGAAUGUCAACGAAAGGGCACUAAUAAGAGUUAGGUACCUCUUGAAACAGAGGCUAGUGGGGUCACACUUACCAGGCCUAUAAAAAGCCUUCAUGUCCUUGUAAAUUCAUUUUUUUUUUUUUUUUGUUACUCAACACUGAAUCACAGUCAAUUUAAAUUUGGCUUUUUUGACACUGAACAAAAAAAAGCUCUUCAAUGUUAAAGUAAAAUCCGAUCUCUGCAAAGUGGCCCAAAUUACAAAUAAAGUUUAAUGUUUUAUACUUGUAACUAGCCAUGCUAUCUGCCCAAGCUUAAUUGGAAUGUAAGUAAUCAAAAUAAACCUGUGCUAACGUUUGCAGUGCACCAUGCAAUACGCAUAUGUCUGUUAUCUGGCAUUUGGUAUGGGAUUCGUAAAAGCAGUGUUAAUGGUUGUGAUGCGCCACCUGUUGAAAAGAUGGAGACUUGCAACUAUCUUUUUAUGAAGGAAGAUUAAGACAGUUCUGUACUUUUUUUUUUUUUUUUACAUUUUGACAUUAAUCAACAGAUAGACUCCUUAGUGUCAAAAAAGCCAAAUUAAAUCUAUUUUGUACAAUAAAGAAAAUGUAAUGUUUACAAGGGGGUGAAUACUUUUUAUAGGCACUAUCUAGGGAAACUAAAGGGAAGCCAUCCCACCCCAUCCAGUUUAUGUCCAUUACUUGUCUGCAAUGACAACAGAUGAGGCAGGUGUAGGGGAGGAUAGCAGACACAGGCGCAAGUGACACUAAAUGGGUAAAGUGACUUUGGUGUCACACCCCUCUGUACUCAUUACCUAGCAACACUCAAGAUUAGAUUUACAAAAUAAACAUACUUCAUCCUAGUACAAUUUUAAAAAUUUACACAAGUCACUGUAUAAACUUUGGUAUUUCAUCCUAGUACAAUUUUAAAAAUUUACACAAGUCAUUGUAUAAACUUUGGUAUUAACAGAAAUUGGGCAGGGAGAGAGGGCAUGCUAAAUAACGGUAGACAUCCAGUUAAGUGGAACAAAAACCUGCUGCCACUGAGUGACUUGAAGAGUCUCAUCUUGGAAAUAAAGUUUGCACUGUUGGUGAUCUGAGAACUUGAUGGCCUACAGUGAAAAUCCAUCCAUCAUCCAACCCGCUAUAUCCUAACUACAGGGUCACGGGGGUCUGCCAGAGCCAAUCCCAGCCAACACAAGGCAGGAAACAAACCACAGGCAGGGCGCGCCAGCCCACCGCAGUACAGUGAGAAUGCCACACUGAAACAAGAUGUCCAUUUAUGAGCAGGGAAGGACCUGAAAUUAAAACAAGGGACUGAAACCACAUCAACCAGUGCAGCUCCAUCAGGCUAAGACUGGAACCUUCUUACUUGGAUACAUCUGACAGGACCAAAAUAUUAGCCAACACUUGAACAAAAGGGGA